AUGCCAUCUUACCGUUUUCUAGUGACAGCAAUCGAUGCAGCUGGACACAUCAAUUCAAUUUUAGGAUUUUCUGAAGGUUUAAAAGCUGCUGGACAUGAAGUUUGCUGCGUCCACCGUGAGAAAUAUCGACAUAUGUUUGUUGAAAAAGGAUUUUCAUUCAUUUCGUUUGAUGAAACACUAUGGAAUGUAAAUUUAGAUGAAAUAAAGCUAAGUUGGCUUGAUGUGCUCGCAGACAAAUUUCGCAAAGAUCCAGUGAAACGUUUCCUUACAAAGUCUCCAAAUGAAGAUGAAGCUUUCAAAAAUCGAUCUGUUCAUUACGAUUUAAUCAAUCAGGCCUUGGAUAGAAUCAUUUCUGAUGAAAGUGUUAAAUUUGAUGCAAUAAUCGUCGAUUUCGUUUCACCAUCUCCGCCUUUGUACAAGAAUCCAAUCCUCUGGUUCCCAAUUUGCUCGCUGAAUCCAUUGGUAUUAUAUCCAUCAGGACCUCCACCAUUUUCUGGUUACUCUGUCAACAGUGAUAAGUCUAAUUGGGAUGAAUUCAGAAAGAUCUAUCGUGAAGCUCAUGCUAAGUUUAUUGAAGCCGUUAAUACAGAUUUGGAUGCUGCUGGUCUUAAAGAAGCCAGAUUUGAUCCAUUAAGAUACGUUGACCAUCCUCAAACCAUUGGUUUCUAUCAUUAUCCAGCCGGCUUAGACUACACUGAAUGUGGACCAAUUGAAUCCAAUUGGCAUCGAGUUGAAUCAUUCAUCCGUCAACCUGAUUCUAAUAUGGAUUUUGUUAUGCCAGAACAGUUGAGAGAUAAGCCUGGAAAACUUAUCUACUUCUCUUUGGGAUCACUGGGAUCAGCUGAUUUAAUGAUGCUGCAAAAGUUUAUUGAUAUUUUAGCUAAAUCACCUCAUAAAUUUAUCAUCUCCAAAGGACCUCGAGGUGAUCAACUCAAAUUGGCUGACAAUAUGUGGGGAGAAAAUUUUGUAAAUCAACUUGAGGUGAUUCAAAGUGUUGAUCUGGUUAUAACACACGGAGGAAACAAUACUUUCAUGGAGACACUUUACUAUGGAAAACCAAUGAUUGUAUUUCCCUAUUUUUACGAUCAAUUUGACAAUGCACAACGAGUUGUUGAUAAGAAAAUCGGUUUUCGUGUCAAUCCAUAUGAUCUUGAUGAAGAUUAUUUUCUCGAUUGCAUUGAGAAAGUAUUUGCUGACAAGGAAAUAAAAAAUCGAGUUGAAGCCAUUUCACAAAGCAUGAGGAAUUCAAAUACUUUAGCUGAAGCUAUAAAAAUGAUUGAAAAACAGAUUGAGCGAAAAAAACAUCUGUACGUUAAAACUGUUUCUGUUUAA